AUGUUAAAGGAUACCCUGAUGAAGAGACUCGCCGAUCCAUCAAAGCAUCGGGGAGAUUUUCUUAAUCAAGCCAUUGAUGAUAUGAAGACAGAGAAUUUCUUUCAGAGAAGAGAGAACCCUAACGUAGUCGAGAAAUUAACGGCUGAGCAUGAGGCAAUGAUGAAGAAAAGAGAGAAUCCAAACUCCGAUCUCACCUGGGAGGAGUACCAAUCAAUGACUUUUACGCAGAUGGUUGUCAAUGAAACUCUUGGAAUUUCCAACGUCCCACUUGGUUUGUUCCGAAAGGCAUUGAGCGAUUUCCAAGUCAAAGGAUACACUGUUCCAGCUGGUUGGACACUAAUGCUUGUUACCCAUGUUGUUCAAUUAAAUCUUGAUACGUUCAAGGAUCCAGUUACAUUCAACCCAUGGGCUCUCGAUAGCCACUGCCCAGUGGGUAGUGGCAGUGGCCACUGGCCUUUGGACCUUCGGCUUUGGUUUCAUAUUUAUGCAAAUGCAAUAAUACAAGAAGAGUAA